CUGUCUAGCCGGAAUAUCAUCAGAAUCGUUAAGAUGGGUUACUCCGACGUCGACUGGAAGGCUAUCAACACUGUCCGGCUGCUUGCGGUCGAUGCCACGCUCAAGGCAAACAGUGGCCAUCCAGGAGCCCCUAUGGGCCUGGCUCCUGCGGCACACGUCCUGUUCAAUAAAUUCAUGACCUUCAAUCCUAAGAACCCCCACUUCGUCAACCGCGACCGAUUUGUCCUAUCCAACGGACAUGGCUGCAUGUUGCAAUAUGCCCUCCUGCACCUGUUCGGCUACGGCAUCUCCAUGGAUGACCUCAAAAACUUCAGACAAGUCGACAGCAUCACCCCGGGCCAUCCCGAGGCUCACGACACCCCCGGUAUCGAGGUGACAACCGGCCCAUUGGGUCAGGGUUUCUCCAACGCAGUUGGUCUGGCGAUUGCUCAAGCCCACACUGCCGCCGUGUUCAACAAGCCAGGAUAUGAUCUUAUCAACAACUACACCUACUGUAUCUUUGGUGACGGUUGUGCCAUGGAGGGUGUCGCAAGCGAGGCUGCUUCCCUCGCCGGACAUCUCCAGCUGGGCAACUUGAUCUGCAUCUACGAUGACAACCACAUUUCCAUUGAUGGUGACACCAAGUGCGCUUUCACCGAGGAUGUUUCCAAACGAUUCGAGUCCUAUGGCUGGCACGUGCAACAUGUCAAGGAUGGCGACCACGAUCUCGAAGGCAUUGAAGCUGCCAUCGCUAAGGCUAAGGAGGUCAAAGACAAGCCAUCCAUGAUCAAGCUGACCACCACCAUUGGUUUCGGUUCGAAGCUGCAAGGCACUGGCGGUGUGCACGGCAACCCGCUGAAGGCCGAUGAUGCUAAGCAGGUCAAGGCCAAGUUUGGCUUCAACCCAGAAGAGUCGUUUGUCGUCCCACAGGAGGUGUACGAUCUGUACCAGAAGCACUCUGCCGAGGGCGCGGCCGCCGAACAAGCCUGGAACGACCGUUUCAAGAAGUACAGCAACGAAUACAAAGAUUUGGCUGCCGACUUUAGCCGUCGUCUUACCCGCAAACUGCCCGAGGGCUGGGAGAAGAAGCUGCCCGUUUACAAGCCAACCGACGCCGCCGUGGCUUCUCGAAAGCUCUCGGAGAAGGUGUUGGAGGAAAUCCACAGCGUCAUUCCUGAGCUCUUGUCCGGCUCUGCAGAUCUGACUGGAAGCAACAACACCCGGUGGAAGGACGCUGUUGAUUUCCAGCCUCCGUCGCUCGGCAUUGGUGACUGGUCUGGACGCUACCUUCGAUACGGUGUGCGAGAACACGCCAUGGCCGCUAUCAUGAACGGUAUCUCUGCCUAUGGUACCCUCAUCCCUGCCGGUGGUACUUUCUUGAACUUUGUGUCCUACGCUGCUGGCGCCGUCCGUCUCUCGUCCCUGUCACAUCAGAGAGUCAUCUACAUUGCCACUCACGACUCGAUUGGUCUGGGUGAGGACGGUCCUACUCAUCAGCCUAUCGAGACAUUGGCUCACUUCCGAGCCCUCCCCAACAUGAUGGUUUGGCGACCGGCAGAUGGCAACGAGACCUCGGCAGCAUACUACGUGGCACUGACGUCAGCCACCACUCCUUCUAUCCUUGCAUUGACGCGACAGAACUUGCCUCAACUGGAGAACUCGACCAUCGAGAAGGCCAUCAAGGGUGGCUACGUUGCAGUGGAGGCGGAGAACGCCAACGUCACUUUGGUGUCUACUGGUUCUGAAGUGUCCCUGUGUGUGGAGGCUGUGAAGGUGCUCAAGGACCAAUAUGGCAUCACUGCCCGAGUGGUCUCGAUGCCUUGCACUGAGGUGUUUGAUGCUCAACCCAAGGAGUAUCAACUCCAGGUUCUGCCGGAUGGCAUUCCAGCCAUGUCCGUCGAGGUCAUGUCUACUCUUGGCUGGGAGAAAUACUCGCACGAGCAAUUCGGUCUGAACCGCUUCGGCGCUUCUGGCCCGUACAAGGAGGUGUACAAGAAAUUCGAGUUCACUCCAGAGGGUAUUGCCAAGCGUGCCAACGCGACAGUUGACUUCUACAAGGGCCAGAAGCCUCGUUCCCCAGUCAACCGUGCCUUCCAGCAACUUAUCUAA